AUGGUCAAGGGUCACUGGAAGCGCACUUUGCUGUGUGCGUGCCUGGUCGUCUUGGGUGCCCUGCUUGCUGAUCAAGCUCAGGCUGUGCAAGAAAACGACUUCAAAAAGUGCCGCGAUUCCUCCUUCUGUCGCAGGAUCCGAAGGCAGUCCGACUAUGUCGAGCAAUGGCAACAAGAUCACAAGGCUCCCUUCACUUCGCCGUACUACAUUCCAAGUCAUACCCCCAACUUCGUGCACACCAAUGCCAGCAUCAGUCUCCCAUUGGCAUCUGCGCUUCACCCUGACAUCGAGUUCGAGCUUUGUCUCACCUUCUUCAAAGAUGGAACAGCUCGUGUGCGAGCGGAUCAGGUGGGUCAGCGCUAUGGUGGCUGGAAGCGCUACGACGAAGCGUCAAAGUGGGCUAUCGAGCAACUCCCCGACCUGGCCUCGGCGCCAUCGGAUACCAAGAUUGAGACACACAACGACGGCUUUCAGGUUGACUUUGGUCCGCAGCUUUCACGGUCUGUCAGGUUGGCUUAUUCGCCCCUCAAGAUCGAGAUCUUGCGAGAAGGUCAAGUUCAAGUCAUCCUCAAUGACCGCGGGCUCAUGCAUCUCGAACACUACCGAAAAAAGCCAGAGCCGUUCCCGACAGUAAAGCAGGAAGACCAAGAGGUGCAGCAGCUCGUCUUUCAACGCAACAAGAGGUCUAUCCUCAGCUCUUCAUCCGCCGCUCAGUACAGCGAAAACCUUGUGUCCCAAUGGGCAGGCUUCGAGCAAGAGGACCAAGGCGAGUGGGAGGAGACCUGGGCCUCUCGUCGUGACAGCAAACCCAAGGGCCCCGAAGCUUUGGCCUUGGACAUGACCUUCCCCGGAUACUCUCAUUUAUUUGGACUUCCCGAGCAUGCCUCACCGCUCUCUCUUCGCUCGACAAGAGCUCCCGUGGGCCGCAAUGCUGCUGAAGACGAGAAGGACCGCUUCAACGAGCCCUACCGACUCAUGAAUACCGACGUCUUCGAGUACGAUCACAACUCACCCAUGAGUCUGUACGGCAGUGUUCCUGUCUUGCAUGCUCAGAGCAAGGAUCGUGCUGUCAGCGUCUUUUGGCUCAACGGCGCAGAGACCUGGAUCGACUUGCACAAGUCCAAAGCCUCCAAAUCCUCAGACAUCACCUCCUACUCUCACUUGCUCUCCGAAUCAGGCAUUCUUGAUCUCUUCAUCUUCACCUCUGCGAACGCGCAAACCAACAUGGCCCACUUUACAAAGCUCGUUGGUCGAACCGUGCUUCCACAAUACUUUGCAAUCGGCUAUCACCAGUGUCGAUGGAAUUACCUCACCGACUCGGAUGUCAAGGAUGUCAGUCAGCGCUUCGACGACGAAGACAUUCCUAUGGAUGUCAUGUGGCUCGACAUUGAGUACAGCAAAGACCACAUGUAUGGCGUAUGGGAUGAAAAGGCUUUUAAGGAGCCUGAAGGUAUGGUUAAGGCGCUUGACGACAAAGGCCGCAAACUUGUCAUCAUUAUCGAUCCUCACUUGAAGCGCACUCGCGACUACUGGCUCUACUCUGAGGCUCAGGACAAGAAGCUGCUGGUCAAAGAUUCAGACCACAAGGGCGAGUACGAGGGUUGGUGCUGGAGUGGAAGUGCCAGCUGGCUCGACAUGUUCGAACCGGCCAGCUGGAAGUGGUGGGCCGAUCAAUUCUCCUUGGCAGGCAGUAGACUCACUGGCAAGAUCCGAGCCAAUGCACGCAACGUCUUUGUCUGGAACGACAUGAACGAGCCUGCCAUCUUCAAUGGCCCGGAGGUCACCUCGCCCAAGGAUGUCAUCCAUGCCGGUGGCUGGGAGCACCGAGACCUUCACAACAUCAACGGCAUCCUCUUGCACAAUCAGACAGCUCGAGGUCUGCGCGAUCGCGAGCUCUCGGUUCCCGCCUCGCUUGGUGGCGGCAAGCCGCGUCGACCCUUCGUCCUUUCGCGCGCCUGGUGGGUGGGAACACAAAAGUACGGCGCCAUCUGGACGGGUGACAAUCUUGGCACAUGGGAACACCUCGCUGUGAGUGUUCCCAUGAUCCUCGCCAACAACAUGGGCGGCAUGAGCUUCUGCGGAGCGGACAUUGGUGGGUUUUUUGGCAAUCCUCCACCUGAUAUGCUCGUGCGUUGGUACCAGGCAGGGAUCUUUGAGCCAUUCUUCCGAGCGCACGCCCACAUCGACACCAAGAGGCGAGAGCCGUAUCUUUUGGAGGAGCCUCUGCGAAGCGCGGUGAGGGACCUGAUUAAACUGCGAUACCAGAUGCUUCCGAUGUGGUACACAGCGUUCAAGGACAACGCUGUGACAGGUAUGCCGGUGUUGCGACCUCAAUUCUUCAUGUUCCCCAACGACCCUGCUGGUUUCGAGAUUGAUAGACAGUACUAUGUUGGCGACUCGGGUCUGCUUGUACGUCCAGCAGUCGACAAGGACGUCGAUUCCGUCCAGGUCUACCUGGCCGAAGACCGACCGUACUACAACUACUUCACUCACGAAGUCUACCAAGGCGCUGAACGCGGUCGAACUGUCACUGUCCCUGCGCCCCUGACCGAGCAACUGCCGCUUCUUCACCGUGGUGGAUCGAUUCUGCCUCUGAGGGAGCGAGUCAGGAGAGCCGCCGAGCUGGGCCGCACAGAUCCUUUCACACUCCUGGUCGCUCUGGACAAGCAGCAGCGUACGGGCAAGAGUGGAUCGGCGAAUGUCCUGGCCGAGGGAAGCCUGUACCUUGACGAUGGACAGACGUACGACUUUGAGGAAGGAAAAUUCGUUUGGCGUCGCUUCGAAUGGACUCGGGACAGUGCCUUGGGCACACAAUCGCUUCGCAGCAUCGACGAGGCUGCUAUCAAGAUGGCGGAUGAACAGCUAAUUCUUGGAGACAGCAAGCAGUUACAUCCUUACCAAGAGACUAACGACUUUGCGCAAUCGAUCAAAAGCGUCAGGGUGUCCAAGGUCGUCGUGCUUGGCUUGGAGCGAGAGCCAAAAGCAGUGCACAUCCGAGGCGAGCGCAUCAACGGUCAAAACAAGAGCUCUGCGAUCGAGUGGAGCUGGAAGAGUGGUGCCAGUUCUUCUGGUAAAGGCACGGCUUUCAAGAUGGGAGCCAAUAUCGCAUCUGAGCUCAUCAUCAAAGACCCCGCAGUGCCAAUUGUUUCGGACUGGGCGAUUGAGUUUGAGUUCUGA